CCGCCGGCGUGUCACAGGCCGCUCCUCCGAGUAGCUGGAGCAGCCGGGCGGGCGGGCGGCCCAGCUGGAGGCGAGGGGCGACGAGCGGCGCCAUGCGGGAAUGCAUAUCGGUCCACGUGGGUCAAGCUGGAGUUCAGAUCGGCAAUGCCUGCUGGGAGCUCUUCUGCCUGGAACACGGCAUCCAUGCCGAUGGCACUUUGGGCACUCAGGCCAGCAAGGUCAGCGACGAUGACUCCUUCACCACCUUCUUCAGUGAAACGGGCAAUGGGAAGCAUGUGCCUCGGGCUGUCAUGGUGGACCUAGAACCCACGGUAGUAGAUGAAGUCCGGGCAGGAACCUAUCGCCAGCUCUUCCAUCCAGAGCAGCUGAUCACAGGAAAGGAGGAUGCAGCUAACAAUUAUGCCCGGGGCCACUACACAGUGGGCAAGGAGAGUAUUGAUUUGGUGCUGGACCGUAUCAGGAAGCUCACAGAUGCUUGCUCUGGCUUGCAGGGCUUUCUGAUCUUCCACAGUUUUGGUGGAGGCUCUGGCUCUGGUUUCACUUCUCUGCUGAUGGAACGCCUGUCCCUUGACUACGGCAAGAAGUCUAAGCUGGAGUUUGCUAUCUACCCGGCUCCCCAAGUCUCCACUGCCGUGGUUGAGCCCUACAACUCCAUCCUGACCACCCACACUACUCUGGAGCACUCAGAUUGUGCUUUCAUGGUGGAUAAUGAAGCCAUCUAUGACAUCUGCCGCAGGAACUUAGACAUCGAACGCCCUACCUACACCAACCUCAACCGCCUCAUCAGCCAGAUCGUGUCCUCAAUCACUGCUUCUCUCCGAUUUGAUGGGGCCCUAAAUGUGGACCUUACUGAGUUCCAAACCAAUCUGGUGCCCUAUCCCCGCAUCCACUUCCCGCUGGUCACCUAUGCACCCAUCAUUUCGGCUGAGAAAGCCUACCACGAACAGCUUUCUGUGGCUGAAAUCACCAACUCCUGCUUUGAGCCCAACAGCCAGAUGGUGAAGUGUGACCCAAGGCAUGGCAAGUACAUGGCCUGUUGCAUGCUGUACCGGGGUGAUGUGGUGCCCAAGGACGUGAAUGUAGCCAUUGCUGCCAUCAAGACCAAGAGGACGAUCCAGUUUGUUGACUGGUGUCCCACAGGCUUCAAGGUGGGAAUCAACUACCAGCCACCCACGGUGGUGCCAGGAGGGGACCUAGCCAAAGUUCAGAGAGCCGUGUGCAUGCUAAGCAACACCACAGCAAUUGCAGAAGCCUGGGCCCGCCUUGACCAUAAGUUUGACCUAAUGUAUGCCAAGCGGGCUUUUGUGCAUUGGUAUGUUGGAGAGGGAAUGGAAGAAGGAGAGUUUUCUGAGGCUAGAGAAGACCUGGCUGCCUUGGAGAAGGAUUAUGAAGAAGUGGGAACUGAUUCGUUUGAGGAAGAAAAUGAAGGGGAGGAAUUUUAAAUAAACUUGUCUCUUGACUGUA